AUGGUGGAGAACAUUUCGAUACGACGACUUCAAAACCCCAAAGCCCCAGAGAUAGACCAAGUCGCCAGGAUUGUCUCAGAUGCGCUCAUACCAGGUACACUAGCACAUCUGGGCUGCGGCGGUGACAAAGAACUCUUCCGCAAGUUACAACGCGCUUUCGCAGCAGGCGUCGCCGUCAGUGGCCAUUUAUUCGCGGCAUUCGAUGACAAAAGUGGCGAGAUCGUCGGUUCUAUUGCCUUCUUCGAGCCCGGGAAAACUGUUCUCGGAGACGAAGCACAAAGGGCACAAGGCUUUGAUGACUUUGUCGCCCAUGUUCCUCCGGAACUGACCCUGUUCUGGACUGUCACUGCAUACGAGGCUCUUGCAGAGGUUGAUGAAGCAGCCGGAGAGGGCGGAAAAGAAAGGGCGUGGUCUGCCCACAGCUUCGCUGUGAGAGAGGAAUUUAGAGGCCGAGGCAUUGGCAAGGCCCUUCUUGCCACUGGAGAAGCCCUGGCAGAAGCUGACAGGAUGCCCGUGAUCUUCGAGGCCGAGCACCUACAUAAUGUGUUGGUGUACAAGCAUCUGGGCUACAACGCCGUGCAAGUCUUACGCAUGAAAUCGAUGGGCAACAGAGAGUAUACGGUAUUUCGCAAGGGCUUUGCUGAAUAG